UGAGCUGUAAAUCCCCAGUGGGUAGAGAUUAGUCUAUGUCCAGCUUCUCACUCUCUCCCUCUAUGGGGACAGUGUGGGACAGGAACAGAUCAUAACAUGAAAACUUGUGUGGACAAAAUUAACAGCUCGCAGAAGUUAGCAGAGAUCAUUCAAGAGAAGUAUGACCAGGAGAAUUCAGGCUGCAUUAGUACUGAGCGUUUCCGAGACCUGCUUGCAGCUCAUGGAUCAGAACUGGACCCCCACAAGCUAGAGGUUCUUCUUGCCCUGGCUGAUAUAAAUGCUGAUGGAAAGAUCUGCUACCAGGAUUUUGUUAACCUGGUGAGAAACAAGCGUUCAAACAGCUUCCGUCGAGCAAUCCUGCAGGGGAGUCGGCAGCUCAGGAAUUCGGCACUGAGAGAGGAAGUGGGCUUGGGUCUGUCUCGGAGACUUGUGCGUCACGUUGCCUAUGAGACUUUGCCAAGAGAGGUGGACCGCAAGUGGUACUUUGACAGUUACAACUACUGUCCACCACCAUGGCUUAUGCUGGCCAUCACUAUAGCAGAGGUUAUUGUCUUUAUGUAUUAUGGAUUACAACUUAACCGCUGGGUUCUGCAAGUCUCGUCACCAUACUUCCUGAAGGGCCCAUUGCCAUAUCACCCACAGCUCAGAGCUCAGGCCUGGCGCUACCUUAGCUACAUCUUCAUGCAUGCAGGAAUUGAACACCUGGGUCUAAACAUGGCCAUGCAGCUUUUGGUGGGUGUCCCAUUAGAGAUGGUCCAUGGAGCUUUGAGAAUAGGCCUGGUGUAUGUGUGUGGUGUACUGGCAGGUUCAUUGGCUGUGUCAGUGGCUGACAUGACAGCACCUGUGGUUGGUUCAUCAGGCGGAGUCUACGCUCUGGUCUCUGCCCACCUAGCCAACGUUGUCAUGAACUGGUCAGGGAUGAAGUGUCAGUUUAAGCUCUUUCGCAUGGCAAUGGCUCUAGUGUGCAUGAGUGUGGAGUUUGGUCGUGCCGUCUGGCUUCGAUUCUAUCCCCCAGCCUUCCCGCCAUGCCCUAAUCCCAGCUUUGUGGCCCAUCUGGGGGGUGUGGCAGUGGGCCUCACCCUUGGCAUUGUGGUUCUUCAGAACUAUGAACAGCGUUUGCAGGAACAGUCCUUGUUCUGGAUCUUCUUCAGUGUCUACACACUCUUUAUCCUAUGUGGAAUCUUUUGGAACAUUUUUGCUUACAGUCUCUUGGAUGUCAAGUUACCCCCACCUCCAUGAAGCCCAGUGUGUGUGUGUGUGUGUGUGUGUGUGUGUGUGUGUGUGUGUGUGUGUGAAAGCAUGCAGAUAAAACAGCAGAUUCCUAUUUCUGAGCAAUGGUGAAUGUAAAUUUGCGGAGAAGCCCAAAGGUUAAUCCCUUUUACAGUUACAUAAUUUCUGCCAGCCACCGAGGGCUGUCAACAAUAGCACGAGUAUUCAUUUCAAAAUAAAACUUGAGUUUAGAAUCUAUGGUUUUCAUUUGGUGAAGGAAUGAAUACAUUCCUUUAAAGCACAUAAUCUGAGGUUGCAUGAGCAAAGAGAAAUAUCAGUAUUUUUGUGGACAUUUAAUGUGUUCUGUAUUUUUAUAAACUACAUGAGGUAGAAUGAGAGCACUGUUACAGCUUAUUGUAUGUGAAGGACCUUUACAAGAUAUUUAAGAAUAACCGAAGUAGCAAGGAAACAGCUAGAUUAAUUUAUCUCUAUUUUACAAACAAUGUGUUAUUUUCUAAUAAAUGUUUCACUGUUAAAAGGUCAGUUUAAAAACAAUUGCAGUCCCAUUCACAGUGGCGGUCUGCAAAAUAAUUUCCCAAUCUUUAAAAUAUAAAUCAAUAUUGAUCUAAUUAAUAAAGGAUUAUAGUACAUUAUAUUACUGAUAAUCAUGUAUCUUUACAACAGAAGAUUUCUCCCUAAUGUCUAAAAAUAUUAGUAAUUAACUUGAUAAUUAAUAAUCUUUCUAAUAAGAGUUUGUACUUUAAUUUUUAGGCUACAUGUUUGAAAGUCUCUAACUUGUUACUUUAAGCACAGUCUUCAUGAUGUACUGAAAUAUUACUGAAAGCUAGUUAGCUUGAAUGGUUACCUCUCAUUUAUGCCAAAGGAAGUAAAAUUUAUUUAUUUUUUCUCCCUUUUGACUUUUUACAUUGCAUUAUUUGAAUAUUAUUUGAAUAUCCAUUCUGUCGAUUUACUAAUCAGUAGAGCCGUCACACUGAAACACUGGCAUUUGUGAUUGAAACUCCUCUGACUGACUGACACUGUUCAUUCUUUUUGUUGCUAUUAAGAAAUGUAAUUUGCAGUACCACAAAUAGCACAAUUGGUUAGAUUUAUUGAAUCAUAUUUGAUUAUAUAUUUGAAUCAUGUGUUAGUGGAACAACAGCACCACCAGGGAGUUUUCAGAACUCAAUUUCAAAUCAUUGAUCAUCUCAAUAAUAAAAAACAAGUAUUUUAUUUUUAAUGGCAAUGGCUGAUAUACAUGCAACAAAUAACUAAAUUGAUCUGUUUAAUAUAAUAAUAAUAUGUAUUGCAGUAGUUUUUUAAUGAAUUGUGAUUGUGUGACAUCUACUGUACCUCAAAUACUGUGCCUCCAGUAACUGGUUAGCUCCUCUCAGUUCUGUGCACAGCCAUUCUUUACAGCAAAACUGAUCCUGGUACAGCUUUGUGUGUACUCUGUUCUGCAUGUAGUGUGUGUUGCCAUUGUUUCUCAAGCUAACAGGAAAAGAGGAAACUUUAAAUAAAAUCUUUAACUUCUAAAAAUUAUUUAAUCCAGUACUUCAAUCCCAGAUUAUACUAGUAUGCUGUGAACAAAUUGAUCUAAUUUAACUGUGUGUUUAAGAUACUUUUGAAGUGCCAGUAUACUUUUUGUUUUGCAUUGUGCUGACCUUACUGUGUCAAAAUGUAAUGCUGGAAUGUAAGUAACCUGGAAUUGUGUGUUAAGGGCUAUGGGACCGGAAAUAAUGAGGUUACCAAGCAUAUUUUAACAUGCACCUAUUUUGUAGAUUUGAUAUGUAAAUAAUAGAGUCCAUUAAAAAUCUGUGAUUGGAAAUGCCA